AUGUUGGCAAAAUCUGAUCGUGCUGACACUGAUGAAGUAAAUAGCAAUGUCCCAACUUCUAAACAAGAAAGUAGUAAGGCUAGAGCAAAUCGCAAUGGGACCAAAGAUACAACUAUCAUAUUUGAAGCUAGAGUGCUUGCACGAGCAUACGCUAUCCAAGAGAGGGAGGACGCUACGGCGUCUGAUGUUAUUGUUGGUAUAUUCUAUCUCUUUGAUGUUACUGUGUGUGCAUUGAUUGACCCUAGGUCAACUGAGUUUGAUGCUCAAGUUAAAAAUCCAUUGGGUCAAAGUGCGAUAGUUAAUUUAAUAUGUUCUAAGUGUCCGCUGAGAAUUCAGGGUUAUGACUUUCCUACUGAUUUGAUGUUGUUACCCUUUCGCGAAUUUGUUAUCAUUUUUGGAAUGGGUUGGUUGACGUUACACAAUAUUGUGGUGAACUAUAGAUUGAAACGGGUUGAUCUGACGUGUCAGACGGGUGAAAUGAUUACAGUUGAGUCAGAUAGAUCAAACAGUAUUACCAGAGAAUUGAAUUUUGAUCAAGUACCAAUUUUAAAUGAGUUUACAAACAUGUUCCCUGAAGAGUUACCGGGAUUACCUCCAAAAUGUGAAGUUGAAUUUGUGAUUGACUUGAUGCCUGAGAUUGUUUCGAUAUCAAUUGCACCAUAUCGAAUGACACCAACUGAGUUGAAAGAACUUAAAGCACAGUUGCAAGAGUUGUCAAACUGA